CAGGGGCUUUCAGAGGGACGCAUUCAGAGUGUGCGCACCUGCGUAAAACACAAGCAGCGUCCGCUAUCCAGGAAUUGCAACCCUGUACAGCAGUGACCGUCGCGUCCAGACACCGACACCUUACGCACCGUCCUCUCACACAUCUCUACUUGUUGUCCUUCUGCGACAAACAUGACAUCCCCGCUACUGGCUUAUAUCCUACUUCUUUCAGCCCUUCAUACCUGCUCUCUAACAAUCGAGUCCGAGGAGGACUACGAGGAUGUCACCGUGAACCAGAUGCUGGCUCCUAAAUCCCAGCAAACCGACGCCACGGAAAUACUCAAUAAUUUACUGAAAGAAUAUGACAAGAAACUGCGACCGGAUAUUGGAGUUAAACCAACUGUCAUUGACGUUGAUAUAUACGUGAACAGUAUUGGGCCAGUUUCUUCAAUAAAUAUGGAAUAUCAAAUUGACAUCAUCUUUGCCCAGACGUGGACAGACAGUCGCCUCAGAUACAACAGCACAAUGAAAAUACUGACUCUGAACAGCAACAUGGUUGGACUUAUUUGGCUACCUGACACCAUCUUCAGAAACUCCAAGACUGCAGAUUCCCACUGGAUUACAAUGCCUAACCAGCUGCUCAGGAUAUGGAACGAUGGGAAGAUACUUUAUACCUUAAGGUUGACCAUAAACGCAGAGUGCCAGCUGCAGCUACACAACUUUCCAAUGGAUGAACAUUCAUGUCCGCUCAUCUUCUCCAGCUAUGGAUACCCACAAGAUGAAAUGAUUUACAAGUGGAGGAAGAACUCUGUGGAGGCGGCUGACCAAAAGUCCUGGCGUCUGUACCAGUUUGAUUUUAUGGGUCUGAGGAACACUACAGACGUCAUAAAGACUACAGCAGGCGACUACGUGGUGAUGACCGUGUACUUUGACCUGAGCAGAAGAAUGGGCUACUUCACCAUCCAGACAUACAUCCCCUGCAUCCUCACUGUGGUUUUGUCCUGGGUGUCCUUCUGGAUUAAAAAAGAUGCCACUCCAGCCAGAACAGCUUUAGGUAUAACCACAGUUCUGACCAUGACCACUCUCAGUACCGUGGCCAGGACAUCACUGCCCAGAGUGUCUUAUGUCACCGCCAUGGACCUGUUUGUCACCGUCUGCUUCCUGUUCGUCUUUGCUGCUCUGAUGGAGUACGCUACGUUAAAUUACUACUCGUACAGCGUUCAAAGACCCAGCUACAUGGAACCGAAAAGACUGAACUACUCAGUCCUCGAUGUGAGACCUCCUCCACACACAGUCAUCACUUUAAACAACUCCAUGUACUGGCAGGAAUUUGAAGACGCUUGUGUCUACGAGUGUCUGGACGGAAAAGACUGCCAGAGCUUCUUCUGCUGUUUCGAGGAGUGUAAAGAAGGCGGUUGGAGGAGAGGCCGCGUCCACAUAGAUGUACAUGAACUGGACGCAUACUCCCGCGUUUUUUUUCCCACCUCCUUCUUACUCUUCAACAUCGUCUACUGGGUAGGCUAUCUCUACCUUUAGCACACUGAGGGUGCCUGCUUGGUUUCAGGAGAUGGACAGUGCAGCUUAACAGAGGUAAUUCAAUCUGAAUAAAAGGUAACACCAAAUAAACUCUUUCCUGUGGACCCUGAAGCAGUUACCUGGAGAUGAAAACACAGUCAGGAGGACUGUGCGUUUGUGGUGUGUGUGUGCGUGUCUGUGUGUGUGUGUGUGUGUGCAGCCCUGUGCCUGGCAGAGAUUUCAGCCUCAGUGACUUCAGGUAUGAGAAUACAUCACAAUAGUGACUCUCUUCAUAUGCUGUACACAGAGGGAUGUCAGGAUGGACUGUGCACUAACGACGACUUGAAGACGAAGAAGAAAAUGUGUCCCAGACUCCUCAGUCAGGAGGAUGGCUUGUGUUGUAGGGAAUGCUUUUAUCCAGCCAUCAGUCAGAUCCAGAUGAUGAAAAUCCAAGGACGUUCAAACCAUUCAUAGUGCCUUCCUCUGGAGGGGUAGAUACUAUCUGCUACAAUAAUCAGGGAAUAAUGAUUUAUUAAGAAAAAUAGAAGAGCCUGGCUUUGACUGAUUAUGGCUAUUCUCAUUCAGAACCCCAUUUAAAAAAUGGCCAUUUCUUGGAAAACACAAAGGAUUAUUAGAUUCUUAUCACUUGAUUAUGACUUUCAGCCACUAGACAUGGCUCAUCCCUCCUUCGUCACAACACUUUGAGUUCUCUGCAUGUUAUAAAGAUCAAGCUGGUAAACGGACGAUUCAAAUGAACUUGACAGCCAAGAUAACAGCGUGUGCUUUACUGGUAUAUUUUUAUUACAUUUUAUGGUGUUAAACCAAUUCUUUCAAUGGUUCUUUAUACUGUUUGUGUUACUAUAGUAACAAGUCAAACUGUGGGUUUUACUUAUUCUACACCAGGGGGGGAGAGGAAAAUUAAAUUACUGAAGAAAAGUCUGUCUUUGGUUCAAAAAACCAGCCAACAGAGAUCAACAACCACAUGUAUGUGCUUAUGAAAAAAUGCUUUCCUUUGAAAGAAUACUUUUUCUAUAUUCUGCGAAAUACACCUGUUGAAUUUCUUAUAUUAGAUAAGAAGACUUCCUCCAGGACCUAUAUAUAAAUUUAGAGGUCACAGCUGGAUCGCUUAGCUUAGCAUAAAGACUACCUUCUUGGAGUUUAUGAAUUUGGCCUCCCUGCAAUUUGGUUUUUGCACAUACGAGAAUAAGUCUACUCUGCUUCACUUAGUUUGGCAGGACCAACAUCAGUCACACCAAUAAAUCUAUAGGAACAUGACAAAGAUGUGGCUUCAGUUAGAAUUAUCCCAUUUAACUCUAUAACACUAAUGUGCAGUUUUGUAACAUUAGCUUUGAGUAUAAAACAUACUUUCCAUCAAAAUAUAUUAAAGUACAACAAUACAUAACAAAUUGAAGUACUCUUCUUUUAUUUCCCCUUAUAUAUGAUCUAAUGAAAUAAAAUGGCUCUAGAAUUAGUCAAAAAUGUAGGAAUCAUUAAAAAAAUGAAUUAAAGAGCUUGUUUUUUGGUCCACCCAGUCCUGAGACAUGUGAGCCUUGUCCGGUGAAGGCACAGUCUCCCUGCAUUACAGAAAACUCUGGGCGAGAGAAACACAAAAGCGUUUAUUCUGAGGGGAGAAAAUGAUCUGCUGAAUAUAAUUUUUUUAUUCUUUUUAUCAUUUAAAUUCUAUUGGAAAUUACCACUAAAUGAUAUUUAUUCAUUGUGUGAGUUAA